AUGGCUUGUUACCUGGUCAUCAGUUCGAGACAUCUCAGCAAUGGGCACUACAGGGGCAUUAAGGGAGUCUUCAGAGGUCCCCUCUGCAAGAAUGGAUCUCCAUCUCCGGAUUUUGCAGAAAAGGAGAAGUCCACAGCGAAAGCUCUGGAAGACGCAAAAGCGAAUUUUUACUGUGAAUUAUGUGACAAGCAGUAUCACAAACACCAGGAGUUUGACAAUCAUAUUAAUUCUUACGACCAUGCUCAUAAGCAGAGAUUGAAGGAAUUAAAGCAACGAGAAUUUGCUCGAAACGUGGCUUCCAAGUCAUGGAAAGAUGAGAAGAAACAAGAAAAAGCACUUAAGCGACUCCAUCAGCUGGCUGAGCUGCGGCAGCAAUCUGAGUGUGUUUCUGGAAAUGGACCAGCAUACAAAGCCCCCAGGAUAGCAAUGGAAAAGCAACUCCAGCAGGGAAUUUUCCAGGUUAAGAAUGGCAGAAAGGUCUCCUGCAUGAAGAGCGCCCUUCUCCUCAAGGGAAAGAACCUCCCCAGAGGCACUGUGGACAAGCAGCGAUUCACCACACCAAACCGUCAGCAGCUACAGCCAGAUAGGCGGUUCCUGUUUGGAAACAGGAUUACACAAACAUCUUCCGAUCUCAGCAACGCAAACCAGAGGACAGGAGUUUCAUUUUCAUUUUCAAAAAAAGCCUAUCUAAAAUUAGAAUCCUCAGCCUCCGUUUUCAGCGAGAAUACAGAGGACAGCCAUGAUUGUAACAAGUCACCCACCUAUAAAGUCAAACAAACAGUAGAGAAAUGUAUGUGUUGCAGGUUUGCAAAUGACGAUCCACACCUUACUAAGAAAGAAGGUGUCAUCUCACCCAGCCAUCUGGAAGGUGUUUUAAACAACACCUUCUCGAUGAACUCUAAAGUGUCACAAAACAAAAAUGAAUCUCUUAAUGAGAGGCUGAAAGAUUCAUCAGGCAUUCAUGCUUCUUUCUCUAACCCUAAACUCCAUCUUUCAGAAAGAGAUUUUACUCUUUCCAGCGGAGAGAAAGGAAUUGGGAAUGCACUGAAGGAUACUUCAGAAAACUGCAUUAAUCACCCAUGCCAAGCAAAUGAAUCCUCCAGUCCAGUACACAUUUGCAAGCACAGUGAUAACAGUUGGUGUAAAGGUCUGGAUAAGUUUUUGCCUUCAGGGCCAAGUGAACAAAAGAUGAAAACACACCUGAAUUCUAACUCCAGAAUGGAAGACAGAGCAAAGUCUUUAGAUGAAGCAGAAAGAGUUAGCAACAAAGUGCAAAGGCAUUGCAGAGAAGGUUGUCCACAUGAUCUAAAAUCCAAAUCAUUGCCUUUCCUUCACGUACAGAGCAAGGAUGGCCACACCACUCUACAGUGGCCUACAGAACUUCUGUUCUUUACCAGAACAGAACCUUGCAUAUCCUAUGGCUGUAAUCCAUUAUAUUUUGAUUUCAAACUUUCUCGAAACACAAAGGAUGAACAUAAUUCAGAGAAUGUAAAAACAGAAGUGGAGAAGGAGGCUUUGGAAAUGAAGCCAAAAACAGAGAGCCAAGUCUCAGGUUUAAUUAAAGAACAACAAAAAACGACCCAAGGUAAUCAAUCUCUGAAGCCAAAGAUGAUUAUAGCUAACCCAGAUUGGGAAAAGUUCCAGAGACAAUACAACGUGGGCUACAAUGACUCUGAUUCUAGUACGAGUGAGCAUGAUAGUCUACGAGACUUGGAAAUGAAAAGUCCUGAAGUGCCUGCUUGCUUUCAUCUGUCUCUAAAGGAUGGCAUAAGAAAAGAUAAUGUUGAUGACACUGAAUUGAAGGAACCUUCCAACGUCCACUGGCAAAGCUGCAAAAGGGCCGUUCUAAAUAACGCUCAGGAGGGUCUCCCAUGCUCUCUUCACAUCUCUAGGACUAAAAAGCAUAAACUGAAUCCCUGCAGUCCACAUUCAGAGUUUGAAGGAGAAAACCAAGAUACUUGGAAUUUUCGUCUUUAUACGUCAGAGGGUCACAGUGAACAUGCGAAGGGGAUCAGUGAAAGCUUAAAUAGCUGCAACAUUAGCACGGCCAGCAGGGCUUCUACGAGUGGGAAACCAAGUUAUGACAGAUGUUCUCCAAAGCCACCUCUGGGUGACCGUCCCAGAACACCAGAAGACUCUCCCAGAAACAUGUCCAGCUGGAGAAACGUGUGUUCAAGUCAUCGGUCCAGCGGCAGUGGGAGCCGUCAUUUGCUCUAUGUUUGCAAGACAGAGUGUGACUCAGUCGAAAGGCACAUGUGGAAACACAGAAAGCACAAUUGCCUCUGCUUGUCUGAUGUGCCAAUAAGCACUAACUUUCCUCACUCAGAGACCCAGAAGGAUGGGAAGGGCAAACUGUGGAACUCAUUUAAAACCAGAAAACAGUCAAAACACAGAAACUGUCAUUGCAGAGAAAGAUAUAAACUGGGUAAAACUCAACAAUUUGCAGGGCCCAAAACCACAAGAAUUUUCCGUUGUGAUUCCAGUUCACAGGUUUCCCUUGAUAGAAAUGGUGAAAAACCCUUUAAUGGCCCAGGACCUCAGCACAGCAAAUCAGGCUCGUAUUUGAGACAGAGAGCUUACUGCUUAAACAAAAACAAGAGAAGCCAAAAGUCCUUUGCCAGCCUUCACAUUUGUGAUGUGGGAAAAGUCAAGUGCAGACAAUGCAACCCCAGCACUCUCAAUUACCUUCUCAGGAGCUGUGCAGGUGGCCCUUCAGAAACCACGCAGUCACACAUUCCAGAUGGAGAAGGGCCUUCCCUGACAGCCAAGGGUCUUUUAGAAAGAGUGAAAGCCAAGAAGUGUCAGGAGCAAUCAACAAAGUUUGAGUUCUCUUCCAACAGUGGUUUAAGAGAACCAGAGUCUCAUUCACAAAUCCAACACACAAUUCAACCUGGACCACCAAGCUGUAACAGAACAUCAUUGCCUUUUUCAGAGAAGAGACAACUGAUGGGCAAAAGGAGAAAUGAUAAAGGCAUCGUAAUUCAUAAGACUUCUCACAAAAUCAAAAGCUCACAAAAAAAUAAUUUUACUAUUUUACCAGACACUGAAUGUGAUAACUAUCUCUCCAAAGGCAUAAAGCAUGCAGCAAUGGAUUCCCAGUCUUUAAGCAGAAAUAAGAACCAGACAACAAAAGAGCAAUCUAAAUCUUCAAUUAGUGAAGUCCAGCCUUUUCUUGGAAGCUGUGACCCAGUACCAAAUGAUUUCCUUGGUGCUUUUCCAUCUAAUAGAUAUACUGGUGUAACUGAUUCAACAGAGACCAAAGAGGACCAGAUAAAUCUAGACUUACAAGAUGUAAGCAUGUCUAUGAAUCACAUAGAGGAGAAUAUAAACUCUUACUAUGACAGAACUAUGCAGAAGCAUGACAAAGUAGAAGAUGAAUUAGAAAUGUGUCAUAAAUCUCUCUCCCCCCCUUUAAUUCAACAGCCCAUAACAUUUUCUCCCGAUGAAAUAGAUAAGUACAAGCUUCUCCAGCUGCAAGCCCAGCAGCACAUGCAGAAGCAGCUGCUGUCGAAGCAUCUCCGAGUGUUGCCUGCUGCAGGGCCCACUGCCUUCCCUCCGCCCUCAGCUGUGCAGCCAGUUCCGGUCCACCAGCACACAUCCAUUACCACCAUCCACCACACAUUUCUGCAGCAUUUCGCUGUUUCUGCUUCCAUAAGCUCCCACAGCAGUCCCCUCCCUUUAGCUCAUCUGCACCCACUCUCACAGCCACAUUUUACUCCUUUUUCAUUUUCAACCAUGGCUCCAGCCAUUAUCCCUGCACACCCUACUUUCCUAGGACAUCCCCUGCAUUUAGUGACUGCGGCCCCCUUUCACGCAUCGCAUAUGGCUUUUCAGGCACUGCCUCCUGCAGCGUUUAUCCCCACAUUGUUUGGUCCUCAUUUAAAUCCAGCCACAACUUCUAUUUUCCAUUUGAAUCCUUUAAUCCAGCCAGUGCUACAAGGUCAAGAUCUUUGCCAUCACUCUUGCUCCAGCCAGAUGCAACAGUUAAGCAGUAUGAAAGAGGCCUUAAAUAUGUCAGUACACUUGAACUAA